CGGUACUACAGGAGAAAGUUCGUCACUUGACGAAAUCGCUUUUUGACUACAGGCGGGACUCAACGUUCCACUUAAAUGCACCUUUUUGCUCGUAACCUACUUUCUGUCCAACUUUCCAUCCUUCCAAUUGAGAGAGAGAGAUCAGAUCCUGUUUUUUCCUCUUACGGGACCUCUCAGCAGUUUUGCACCAGCACAUCAUUACAGUCAACAUGGAAGCUUGGAGAUCCGUGAUCGUUUUGGCGGUUCUUGCCGUGGCUUUGACAGCAGCGCAGAUGAACAUGUUUUGUGAUUUGUCAAGGACACAACUGGAAAAGUUCAUGGAUUGUGGAAAAGACGGUUUUUCAGCAGAGGCAUCCAGUGGUUGGAGUACGUGUAAAGAAGAAAUUCUAGGAUACUCUGACUCCAAUGGCACAGAUUCUCAAGCCAUUGUUUAUAUGUGCGAGCACAACAAAACGAGGAUAGUGGAAGAUUGUAUGAAGAAAUCAGGCAAAAAAGUGAAUCGUAAGGCUAGGGCCAAAAUGAUGGUCUGCAUGAUGAAGAUACUUACUUAAGCCAAACGAGUCCAUUAUGUAUCUGCGUGUAUUUUUUUUUUUACCCUUUUAAUCAUCAAUGUAUAUUAGAAGUCAUUUAAAAUGCAUCAUUUUUUUUCAUAAUAAACAAUAUUUAUCUUA